CGUCGACCAAAAGCAGAUUAUGAUGAGUCGACAUUCAACGAAGAAUCCGUAACACGUCGAGAGGAAUUACCGUCAUUGUUGCGUACAACGUUUACUAGCAGUGGGAUAACUCCUCCAACGAUCCUCAAGAAGCGAUCGGCCCCAUCUCAAUUCACGAUGCCCUCACAGCAAGAAGAAUCGAGUUCACUUGAAGGUACCGAUCAAGAAAAGCAGGCAUCGGAUGCAGCCAACCAUGAUGUUUCACCUCAAAGUGUGGCCUCUCCAAGACGACGCUCAUCAGUGCAUCCGCUUCUUGACGUACCGGCGGCCAUCAAAUCGCCCACAACUGUAGCAGGUGCCAUCGAAGCGCUGGCCGUACUCGAAAUGCAUGUGGUCGAAAAGCACAGUCGCGAUGAAGCCGAAGAGCGACAACGACGAAUCUCUAGCGUAAAGUAUUCACAAUUUCAAAACCAGUUUUGUAUUGUACACUUGAGUAUUCCUGAUAAUCUUGCAGUUAAAAUGAGACUCAGCGAAUUGCUACGCAAUUUGGGCACGUUCGCGCUUCUGUUUGGACGUGGCGUUAUUGAGACGGCAAUUGAUAGCUUGAUGAGUUUAAGCCGUGAUUAUCGUUAUAUCGCUCAAGUGCUAACCACCGAAAAACAACUUCAUAAAGAAUUGAUCACUUCUGCUGAGGAUGAGACUCAGUUGCGCUCGUCGAUUCGUGUUCAUCGUAAGUCGAUACUUCAAAGACGUUGUGUUGAGACAGCGAAAAUGUUGCGACAGGAUGAAUCGUUUGCGCAGUUGCAUCGAUACAUCGAAGCCGGUGACGAUAACGGCAGUAUAGUGAACAUAGCAAGGCAUAAAUCUGAUAGUCUAUCAACACAGAUACCCACACCAAGAUCGUUCGUCAAAAAAAAGCGUGAUCAUAUGCUGAUAAGGCUCAUUCAAGCACUGUAUUAUGUUUUGUUGAGUCGAUCCGAGUUGAUCUGCUACUUCAUGAUUGUUCUGAAUCAAAUGCAUUCUGCAAGUGUUCUCUCGAUGCCACUCCCUCUGAUGACUCUCCUAUGGGGAACGUUGACCGUGCCAAGGCCAUCGCAAAAUUUUUGGAUCACUAUGAUCACCUAUACACAAGUGAGUAGCCGAAUGCUGGAAUCCGUCUCCGCAAUGGUUGUGAUAAAAUACAUCUUCCAAUUUGGUUUCUUUCCAUGGAAUAAAAUAACCGCCUCCGUAGCUCCAUUCUGGCUGCCUCGUAUAAUUGGUAUCGAGAAAAAGGACAAAUAUGCUGCGUGGGAUCUUGCCGUACUGAUGGCACUUUUCUUUCAUCGAAACAUUCUCAAGGUCUUACAUCUUCCAUUCAUAGUCCAUCAUUUCAGCUGUUCAAUGCUGAUAAUCGCCAUUCUU